AUGCGUAAUUUAUCGUUACACGACGAGAACGAUUCAAAUCCUAGCACAAUAAAACAACACUCGAAAUAUCGAGCAAUGUUCGAUUACUCAUUGUCAACACCCUGGUAUCGAAUAACAGCUGGGCCAUAUUCGAAACAAGUUGAUAAAAAGCACAAACUUCUUAAACAUCCAUUUCUAAUUCAAUGGAAUCCGAUGGACAGAAUCGAACAUCGUAGAAAUCAUAAUCAUAACAUCUAUAAAUCGAUGCCUUCAUCAAAUCAAAGAUCAACAAGUACAACUAAUCGACCAUUCACUAUUGUUCUUACUAAUAAUUCAGAAUUGAUGCAACAUACUUGUACAUUUCAAUUCCCGGUAAACUAUAAUAAUUUCUUUCCACAGAUUACACAUCAAAGACACACAAUACAUCCAGUUCAAAAUGGUGCAAACAACAACAAUGAUGAUAUUCCUGAACAGUUAUUAAAUAAUCUCUUAGGACUUGAAUUGUGA